AUGUCAUCACAGCAACAAACAACGAUAGGAAGGAAUUUUCAUUAUCCUCAAGCCUUCAGAGACACCUCGGCCAUAGAUACCUAUCAAAGUGCAAAAAGAGGUGAAGUAAAGAUUGAAGAUCCAUAUCGUUGGUUGGAAGAGCCUUACGGAGAAAGGACAAAGGAAUGGGUUAAUCAACAAGUCCAAUGCUUUGCUGAUUAUAUGAAGGAACAACACAUUGAAGAGAGAGUGGGCGUAACUCGUGAACAACUUAAAGAACAAAUCACUAACAUGGUGAAUUUUGAGAAGGUUGGAUGUCCAUUCAAAAGAGGAGAGGGAGAUCUCGUUGGGUAUUACUUCUUUAAGAAUGAUGGAUUGCAAAACCAAGAUGUGUUAUGGGUAAGAAAAUCGUUGGAGAGUGCCGAAAGUGAAAUAUUUGUGGAUCCCAACAAGUUCUCAGCUGAUGGUACGUCUUCAAUAAGAUCAAGCGCUUUCAGUAAGAAAGGUGACUAUUAUGCCUAUGGAUUGAGUGAACGAGGAAGCGAUUGGCAAACCAUUCACGUGAUUGAUGUGAAAACAAAGCAACCACUGAAAGAUCAGAUCAAGUUCUGUAAAUUCACAGGUAUUGCAUGGACUCAUGACUCUCGUGGAUUCUUUUAUUCUAGAUAUCCAGAACCAAAAUCAGCUGUUGAAACUCUUGGUAGUGAAGUUGAUGCCAACGAGUUCAGUAAGCUAUAUUAUCACAAACUUGGUACCCCACAAGAUGAAGAUAUCCUAAUCUAUGAAGAAAAGACUCAACCAAAGUGGAUGUUUGGUGCAUCUGUUACUGAUGAUGGAAAGUACUUGUUGAUUUACGUUUCUGAAAGUACAGCUCCAGUGAACAGAUUGUUCUAUACAAAGAUUUAUAAGAAUGAUCAAGUCGGUGGCGAGUUUGCUUUUGAAAAGGAGAAUCCUGAAGAUGCUCAAUCACGUAUCAAGGUUGUUAAAUAUAUUGACAAUUUCGAUGCCGAAUAUGACUAUAUUGCCAACGAUGGAGAUAUUUUCUACUUUAAGACCAAUUUGAACGCUCCAAAUUCAAAGGUUGUUGUUAUGGAUGUGACAAAACCUUACACCGAGAUGAAAGAAAUUUUGGCAGAAACUGAAGACCCUCUUAGUAUGGCCACUUGUGUAAAUAAGAACAUUUUAGUGGCCAAUUAUGUUCAUAAUGUUCAAGACAACUUGAAAUUUUUCACACUCCAAACUGGUGAAUAUAUUUCUGACAUUCAGCUGCCUGUGAUUGGAUCCAUUUCAUCACUUUCUGGAAGACGAGAAGAUUCGUUAUUGUUCUACAAGUUUGUGUCAUUUAACCAUGCUGGAACUAUUUACAGAUAUGAUUUUGACACUCAACAAUCUAUUGUGUUCUAUCAAACAAAGACCAGUGAUUUAGUUCCAUCUCCAGAAUCCAUUGAAGUCAAGCAGGAAUGGUACUCUUCAAAGGAUGGUACAAAAAUUCCAAUGUUCAUUGUUCACAACAAGAAAGGCUUCGAAAAGAAUGGUAAAAAUCCUUGUUGGUUGUAUGGAUAUGGUGGAUUCAGCAUCAAUUUGCAACCCUCUUUCAGUAUCAUGCGUCUAUUCUGGAUCAAAUAUUUUGGUGGAAUGCUUGUGAUUCCAAACUUGAGAGGAGGUGCUGAAAUUGGUGGUGAAAAGUGGCACGAGCAAGGAAUUCUUGAUAGAAAACAAAAUGUUUUUGAUGACAUGAUUGCUGCUGCUGAAUAUAUUAUCAAAGAAGGUUAUACUUCACCACCCUAUAUUUGUCUUAAUGGUGGCAGUAAUGGUGGUCUUUUAGUGGCUGCAUGCAUCAACCAAAGACCUGACUUGUUUGGUGCUGCCGUUCCUCAAGUAGGUGUCUUGGAUAUGCUCAAAUUCCAUACCUGGACCAUUGGUGCAGCAUGGUGUAGUGAUUACGGAUGUAGCUCAGAUUCCAAAGGUUUUGAUUAUUUAAUUGAAUACUCUCCUCUUCAUAACAUUAAGGCACAGAAAUAUCCAGCAGUUCUUGUCACAACAGCGAAUCAUGAUGACCGAGUGGUUCCUCAUCAUUCGUUCAAAUACACUGCUCAACUUCAACAUGUGGCUGGUCCAGUCAAUGAGGCACCUCUGCUUAUUCGAAUUGAAACGAGUGCAGGACAUGGAGCUGGUAAAUCAUUGCAAAAGGUAAUUGAAGAAAUGGCUGAUAUUUAUUUGUUUGUGGCCAAUGAGAUGGGUAUCCGCUUUAAGGGAAACAAUUAA